AUGUCUGCAUCACUUCCAGGAAAUCGGGAUCUGCCCGCGUCGCAGUAUGAUCUUUCGACAUACCUGGGACGUGUUCGUCAAUGCGCAGACCUUUCAGACCCUAGCGCCAGACUGCAAAAUGCCAAAGACCUCCUCACGAAGUACAGAUCGGGCCAAAUCCAGAGCAUGAGCCCAGAAUUGUGGCAGGCUAAGAAGAUUGUCGAUUCAACCUUGCAUCCCGAUACAGGAGAGCCAGUGCUUCUACCAUUCCGCAUGUCGUGUUAUGUCUUCUCCAAUCUGUUUGUUACCGCGGGCAUGCUUAUUCCGGGGAUGAAGUGGAAAGGCACUUUAGCCUGGCAGAUCGCCAACCAAUCCUUGAAUGUGGCCAUUAACAGUGCGAACGCGAACAAAUCAACCCCUCUUUCCACCACGGGAAUGAUCAAAUCGUACUUCAUGGCGGUGUCUGCUUCUUGCUCGGUCGCACUCGGACUGAAUUCCAUCGUUCCAAGAUUAAAGUCGGUUUCACCAAGUACGAAAGUGAUUCUAGGACGCCUCGUCCCUUUCGCAGCUGUUGCCAGUGCUGGUGCGCUCAACGUGUUCCUCAUGCGCAGCGAGGAGAUCAGACAAGGAAUCGACGUCUAUCCAUUCAAUUCAGCAACAAGUGAAGGAAACACUGGAGAGAAGGUGCCGGCGACAAGCCUGGGAAAGAGCCAGAAGGCUGCAACUAUCGCGGUAGGUGAGACGGCCAUUAGUCGCGUUGUCACUUCUACGCCGGUUAUGGUCAUCCCACCUCUCCUUCUUCUGCGCUUCCAGAAGACGGAGUUGCUGAAGAAGCGUCCAUACCUUGCGAUGCCUAUCAAUAUAGGGUUGGUUUUCUUGACGUCGGCUUUCGCUCUCCCGUUCGCAUUGGGCGUAUUCCCACAGAGGUUGGUAAUGAGUUCCGAUCGCUUGGAAGAAAGGUUUCAUGGAAGAGGAGGUGAAAGCGAGCAGGUGGUAUUCAACCGUGGCAUUUGA